CGUUGUGGAGCCUGUGUGUAUCGAGAAACGGAGCGCGGACCGGCAGCUGCUCGGAGCCUGAGAGACGGCAACAUGGCGGGGAAGAGCGGAGAGGAGAAGCUGAAGGAGAUGGAGGCGGAGAUGGCGCUGUUUGAGCAGGAGGUUCUGGGGGCCCCUGUGGCCCUUCCCUCUGGAGACCCCGUUCCUCUGCCUGUCCCAUUGGCCAUCCCUGCCGUUCCCAUGAUACGUCCCAUUAUAGCCACGAACACCUACAGUCAGGUGCAGCAGAGUCUGGAGGCGCGAGCAGCCGCAGCAGCAGGUGUAGUGGCCCCCAUAAUGGUUCCCCCCGUACCGUUUGUUGGACCAGAUCAUUGUAUUAUUGUAUUUUGGAUCAUUGUAUUUUGGAUCAUUGUAUUUUGGUUCAUUGUAUUUUGGAUCAUUGUAUUUUGGAUCAUU